AAAGAAAUAAUAAUAAUGCAUCGUUACUACGGCAAUAGUCGAUUUCCAUGCGGUUUUAUCAUUAUUCUAACAGAUUUCUUUUCUUCUCGCAUCUCCCCCUCGUUUCCAGAACACAAACUAGUGAUGGUCGGCCUAGAUAACGCCGGCAAAACCACCAUCCUCUACCAGUUUCUGAUGAAUGAAGUUGUACACACUAGUCCGACGAUUGGAUCCAACGUGGAAGAGAUCGUGUGGAAAAACAUUCACUUUCUGGUGUGGGACCUGGGCGGCCAGCAGAGUUUACGGGCCGCGUGGAGCACGUAUUACACAAACACAGAGUUUAUCAUAAUGGUAAUAGAUUCGACAGACCGCGAGCGGUUAGCGGUGACGCGGGAAGAACUGUACAAAAUGUUGCAGCAUGAAGACUUAACCAAGGCUAGUUUGUUAGUGUAUGCCAAUAAGCAGGAUCUAAAAGAAUCGAUGAGUGCAGCUGAAAUUUCCAAACAGUUAGACUUGACCUCAAUCAAGAAGCACCAGUGGCACAUACAGUCCUGUUGUGCGCUCACCGGAGAAGGACUCUACCAGGGCCUGGAGUGGAUAGCUCAGAGGAUCAAGAAGAAAUGACACCUGCCGGAGUAAACGUAAGGGGUAAGUCGUUUAUAGUUUCCGUUUCACACCGUUACGUUGCAGUGUGUGCCAGACAGACAGG